AUGGUUGGAAUUUUUGAACUUGUACCAAACAUUGAGGUUAGAAUUUUAGAACUUGUACUAAACAUUGAGGUUAGAAUUUUAGAACUUGGACUAAAAGUUGAGGUUAGAAUUUUAGAACAUGUACUAAAAGUUGAGUUUAGAAUUUUAGAACUUGUACUAAACAUUAAGGUUAGAAUUUUAGAACUUGUUCUAAAAAUUGAGGAACCCAUUAUGGAUUUAAAUGGAAUUUUUCAAUUUUAUCCAUCAGCCAUAACCAACAAGCCCGAAGAAUGCUCAAUUUUCGUCAAUAAAUACAAAAACAUUUCAUCAACAAAUCAAGCAUUUGUGAAAGAUUUAAUUGCUGGAAAUGCUGAAUCAGAUUUCUUGCCUUUGAUCAUUAAAUUGAAAUUUUCAGCUAUUUUACAAGCUAACGAGAGUCUUGUUGGCGAUGACGAAAGUUUACUGACUGACUUAAUUGCAGGAGCUGAUUAUGCAGCAAAUUGUGUUGUCAAAUUUAUUUUAAAUAUUGAAUAA